AAUAUCGAUUAGUAAUACACUUUUCUCCAUUCAAGGAGUUCAGUUGUAGAACUGUUGAAUAAGCAUAGAUUAAGAGAAAUAUUAUAGGUUUAAGUAGUAAAUCUACAAAAGUUAGGCUUGUAAUCAAAAGUGAAAUACUUGUUUGCGUAUAUAUCCAACGAAAUCAACGUUUUAUCAAAAACGGCCAUCAAUAAAACGUGUCAAGAAAUUAAGUCAGUAUUAUGUAAAUAUUGCAUUGCGGUGCACCAGUGGUUAGUGAUGCAAACGAAAUUCUCCGAAAUGAAUCCAGUCACGCAACAUGAAGAACUAAUCAAUCAGCAGCAACCAGCGUGAGAUUCCCGGAAUAAUUUUGCACCUUCAAGGGCGUGGUUGCUGGAUUCGAAAUUGCAUCAAAAGGCAGCCAUAUUGCGAAAAGUGAGAAAAUGUUGGGCAGGAAGCAGAGCAUCAAAGGCGAACCCAUCCUGGCAGAUUACGGCCCAGAAGAGUCCCUCAACGAAAGUGCCGAUAUAGAAUGGGUUAACAAGCUAUGGGUCCGUCGAUUAAUGCGUUUAUGUGCUUUGGUAUCGCUCACAUCGGUAUCCAUGAAUACACCUAAAACAUUCGAAAGAUAUCCGUUUCUGCAAUAUUUCACACUAUGCAGCGAUACCAUAGUCACUUUGCUGUUCACGGCGGAAAUGAUAGCCAAAAUUCAUAUACGAGGCCUGAUCAGGGGGGAUGCGCCAUAUCUGAAAGAUCACUGGUGCCAGUUCGAUGCUUCCAUGGUGUUCUUCCUUUGGGCGUCCGUAGUGCUGCAUAUCUUCGAAAUGCUUGGAAUACUGCCCAAGUUCCACUAUCUCACAAUCUUGCGAGCACCGCGACCUCUGAUAAUGAUUCGCUUCCUCAGAGUCUUCCUAAAGUUUUCAAUGCCAAAAAGUCGAAUUAAUCAGAUAUUCAAACGAUCUAGCCAACAAAUUUACAAUGUCACGUUGUUCUUCCUGUUCUUCAUGUCCUUGUACGGACUGUUGGGGGUACAAUUUUUUGGAGAACUGAAAAACCAUUGUGUUCUCAACACUACGGAAAAAGAAGGUCUUACGGUGAAUUCCCUGGCCAUACCAGACACGUUUUGUUCAACAGAUCCAGACUCAGGAUAUCAAUGUCCUACUGGUAUGAAAUGCAUGAAAAUGGACUUUCUCACCAAUUACGUGCAGGGAUUCAAUGGAUUCGAAGAUAUAGCUACAAGCAUAUUCACGGUUUACCAAGCAGCAUCUCAGGAGGGAUGGGUCUUCAUAAUGUACCGUGCCAUAGACAGUCUUCCAGCAUGGCGAGCAGCGUUCUAUUUCAGCACGAUGAUCUUCUUCCUUGCAUGGUUGGUGAAGAACGUUUUCAUCGCCGUCAUUACAGAGACGUUCAACGAAAUUCGAGUCCAGUUUCAGCAGAUGUGGGGAGUUCGAGGACACAUUCAAAACAGCACAGCGUCACAGACUAUAACUGGAGACGACACUGGUUGGAAGUUAAUCACAAUCGAUGAGAACAAGCAUGGUGGCUUAGCCAAUGAAACCUGCCACACAAUUUUGAAAUCUCCAUACUUUAGACUGCUGGUAAUGUCUACGAUUUUGGCAAAUGGAAUUGUAACGGCUACAAUGCACUUUAAACACGAUGGCAGACCUAGACAAGUAUUCUAUGAAAAAUAUUACUACAUAGAAAUGACGUUUACUUUUCUGUUGGAUCUUGAAACGUUAUUCAAAAUCUAUUGCCUGGGUUGGAGAGGUUACUUCAAGCACUCAAUUCACAAGUUCGAAUUGCUGUUAGCUAUUGGAACAAGUCUUCACAUUAUCCCCGGGCUGUAUUUAUCAGGAUUUACCUAUUUUCAAGUUCUUCGAGUGGUUCGUCUGAUAAAGGCCUCACCCAUGUUAGAAGGAUUCGUGUAUAAGAUCUUUGGUCCAGGAAAGAAGUUGGGAUCGCUGAUUAUCUUCACCAUGUGCUUGUUGAUUAUCAGUUCUAGCAUUUCGAUGCAAUUGUUCUGUUUUCUCUGCGACUAUACCAAGUUUGAAAGUUUCCCAGACGCUUUCAUGUCUAUGUUCCAAAUCCUGACACAAGAAGCUUGGGUGGAAGUUAUGGAUGAAACAAUGAUACGCACUAGUAAGACACUGACCCCACUGGUUGCCGUCUACUUCAUAUUGUACCACUUGUUCGUCACUCUGAUUGUGUUGAGCUUGUUCGUGGCAGUCAUUUUGGACAACUUGGAGUUGGACGAAGAUAUCAAGAAGUUGAAGCAACUGAAGUUCCGGGAGCAAAGCGCUGAAAUCAAAGAAACGCUACCAUUUCGGUUGCGAAUUUUCGAGAAGUUUCCAGAUUCACCGCAGAUGACGAUCUUGCACAAAAUUCCCAACGAUUUCACAUUGCCGAAGGUUCGGGAAUCAUUCAUGAAGCAGUUUGUAAUCGAUAUGGAUCCCGAAGAUCCAUCAUUUGUGGAGGGGUAUAAACGACCGGUAUCGGAAUGUUGGGAGUCGAAGGUGGUGUAUCGGAAACAGAAACCGGUUAACGUGAUGAAUAAGACGGCCAAGGUGCGAUCGGUGGGGAGCAGCUUAAGGAAGAUGGCAAUCACUCACAUUAUCAAUGAUUCAAACAACCAAAGGCUGAUGCUGGGAGAUUCGGCUAUAAUUCCACAGGCUGGAGCAAAAUCAGGCCUUAAACCACAAGGUACCAUAACGCAGCACAAACCAUGGAGAAUGGAUCAGAAGAAGUUCGGAUCGAGAUCAAUUCGACGAAGCGUUCGAAGUGGAUCGAUCAAGCUAAAACAAACCUAUGAGCAUCUAAUGGAGAAUGGAGAUAUCGGAGGAACGGGACGGGUAACAUCUUCCCGAGCCAGACCGCACGAUUUGGAUAUCAAAAUAUUGCAAGCCAAACGCCAACAAGCGGAAAUGAGACGAAAUCAGCGGGAAGAGGAUCUGCGUGAGAACCAUCCGUUUUUCGACACACCACUUUUUGCUGUGCCACGUGAGAGCAAGUUCAGAAAGAUAUGCCAACGAAUCGUUCACGGUCGGUACGACGCCAGACUGAAAGAUCCACUAACAGGAAAUGAGCGGAAAGUGCAGUACAAAAGCAUGCACAAUUUCCUCGGCCUCGUAACCUAUCUGGACUGGGUGAUGAUCUUCGUGACGACACUAUCCUGCAUAUCGAUGAUGUUCGAAACACCGCAAUACAGAGUGAUGGAGCAGGUCCCACUUCAGAUCGCAGAGUACAUAUUCGUCAUAUUCAUGAGCCUCGAACUGGCACUCAAAAUACUAGCAGACGGUUUAUUCUUCACCCCGAAGGCGUACAUUAAAGACGUAGCGUCCGUGUUGGACGUGUUCAUCUACGUGGUUUCGCUGUCGUUCCUCAUAUGGAUGCCCCGUCAAGUGCCGAGCAGCUCAUCGGCGCAACUUUUGAUGAUUUUACGAUGCUUGAAGCCGUUACGGAUAUUCACUUUGGUCCCUCACAUGCGCAAAGUGGUGUACGAACUCUGCCGAGGCUUCAAAGAAAUUCUACUCGUAUCAACGUUACUGAUUCUGCUCAUGUUCAUCUUUGCCAGCUACGGAGUACAACUCUACGGAGGACGUCUGGCACGUUGUAAUGAUCCGACGAUUAUCAAACGAGAAGAUUGUGUUGGCGUUUUCAUGAGGCGAGUGUUCGUGACAAAGAUGAAACUAACGCCAGGUGUAAACGAAUCGUACCCAGCAAUGCUGGUGCCAAGAGUUUGGGCUAACCCAAGGAGAUUCAACUUUGACAACAUAGGAGAUGCAAUGCUGGCAUUGUUUGAGGUUCUUUCCUAUAAAGGUUGGAUUGAUGUGCGGGAUGUUCUCAUCAAAGCACUUGGUCCUGUACAUGCCAUCUACAUUCACGUGUACAUUUUCCUCGGUUGUAUGAUCGGACUGACACUGUUCGUAGGCGUUGUAAUUGCCAACUAUUCCGAGAAUAAGGGAACGGCGCUAUUGACUGUAGAUCAGCGCAGAUGGUGCGAUUUGAAGAAGCGACUGAAGAUUGCCCAGCCUCUGCAUUUGCCACCACGUCCCGAUGGGCGCAAAUUCCGUGCAUUCGUAUACGACAUAACGCAACACAUCGCAUUCAAACGCUGUAUUGCGGUAGUCGUACUGGUCAACAGCAUGCUUCUUUCGAUAACGUGGACGAAAGAUGAGAUUCAUACAGAACGAUUGGUAAUCGUGAGUACGUUGCUCACAUUUGUCUUCGUGAUAGAAGUGGUCAUGAAAAACAUUGCCUUCACUCCCAGAGGAUACUGGCAAUCUCGACGUAAUCGAUACGACUUGUUAGUGACUGUGGCAGGAGUAGUCUGGAUAUUCCUCCAAACAACACUGAGAAGCGACUUAUCAUAUUUCAUUGGUUUUAUGGUUGUCAUAUUGAGAUUUUUCACAAUAACUGGCAAGCAUACGACCUUGAAAAUGUUGAUGCUCACGGUCGGUGUCUCAGUGUGUAAAUCGUUCUUCAUCAUCUUCGGAAUGUUUUUGCUAGUAUUUUUCUAUGCGCUAGCAGGAACGAUUCUGUUUGGUACGGUAAAAUACGGCGAGGGAAUCGGGCGCCGAGCAAAUUUCGGCACACCAGUGGCAGGAGUGGCAAUGCUAUUUCGCAUCGUAACCGGAGAGGACUGGAACAAAAUUAUGCAUGACUGUAUGGUUCAGCCUCCCUACUGUACACCGGCUGCCAACUACUGGGAAACGGACUGUGGGAAUUUCACCGCCAGCCUGAUCUACUUCUGCACCUUCUACGUUAUAAUUACAUACAUUGUUCUUAAUCUACUUGUCGCUAUUAUUAUGGAGAACUUUUCAUUAUUUUACUCGAACGAAGAGGAUGCCUUACUGUCGUACGCAGAUAUAAGAAACUUCCAAAACACCUGGAACAUAGUAGAUAUUCAUCAACGAGGAGUAAUCCCAGUUCGAAGAGUUAAGUUCAUCUUACGACUUCUGAAAGGUAGAUUGGAGUGCGACCCCCAAAAGGAUAGGCUCCUGUUCAAGUACAUGUGCUAUGAACUGGACAAACUACACAACGGCGAGGAUGUUACCUUCCACGAUGUCAUCAAUAUGUUAUCGUACCGUUCGGUGGACAUUCGCAAAGCCCUCCAACUGGAGGAACUGUUGGCACGUGAAGAAUUCGAAUACAUAAUCGAAGAAGAAGUAGCCAAACAAACCAUUCGGACGUGGCUGGAGGGAUGUUUGAAGAAAAUAAGGGCAAAUAAUCAGAAAGCGCAUAAUCCGUUAAUUGCCGGAUUGAGGGCAACGAACGACAGUCUUCAAAGACAGCAGCAACAACCACAGCAGCUAAAUCCUCAACAGGAUCAAGUAGAGGAACCAAUCCUGAACAAGGAGGUAAAUCCUGAGUCCGAAUCGGCAGAGCAAGCUGCCAAAGAAAUAGAGAACAACGCCAAAAAUCGGAAGAAAACGCAGAACAAUUUGAUUCGGUCCGAUUCCACCGGAAGCACUAGCGGCCGGAAGUUCCUUGCACCAACCCUCUCCGAUCCACAGGCUAAAAAUGAAAAAGACCGCUACAUGACCAAGAAAAAAUCCCAACGCCAGCAGGGUUCUAACACCAAAACUAUAACACAAAUCAACGAAUUGAACCACAGCCACACUUUGCACCAGCAUUAUCACCAUUUAACCCACGGUAGUGAAAUGCAGCAGAAUAAUAAUAGCAAAGCCGGCCAUCCGCAUAUAAAUAUGGUUUACGAGGUAUAUGAUUGGUGGCAGGAGCAGGUCAGUUGUACGCACAGUGAUGACGAAGAUGUGUAGUACCAUGAUGCUACCAUAUUUCGCGCACGCUCCUAAUUUCGGUCAUUGCCAUUUUGUUCAUAUUUGUUGAUACAUAUUGCGUUAUAUAAUUGCAUGUUAUAUAACGAUAACUGAAGUAGAUUUAUUCAAAAUACUAGCCAGCAAAACAUGUUUAAAAUGUCAGUGAGCGAAGUAAGGAGCGCUCGCGAAAUAUGGGUACUUUACGGUAUAAAGGUUGAUUUAGCAAAUUGAUAGACUACCCACCUGAAUUAUUUACUAGGGUUGACAGUAGCACAAAAAGUUGAACCGCACAGGGUUAACCAUGAGAAUAAUGUUUCGUUUAUUAUACAUGUUGAACUGAGGUUUAGUCCAUUGAUUUUAUAGAUAUUUAAAAAAAAAAAGUCAUAACGAGAAGUAUUAAUUACUCAUUAAGCUAUCAAUUUUAACACAAAUUGACAUGUAUAGUGAUAGUAGAAAUAAACAAGUUUAUAUUGUACGUGCUAGAAAUGCUUUAAUAAUCCAAAGAAAGAUACAUUUUUAAAGCAUAUGCAAGAUAGUACACGAACAAUGAUGUUCUAGAUUGAUUGCAA